GAGCAGGAUGAGCGUGUUUUGUGCGGGGAGAGCAGAGCAGUGCAUUUGAGUGGGACAUGGCAAACGGAGGGGACCAGUUCGGCCUUGCAGAGCGUCCGGACUCGGACUGCAUGGAUUCUCCAAAAGAGACCAAACAGGAGAACCCGAGCCUCACCUUGAACUCUCCAUCCUCCCCGCAGACAGCGUCCGGCCAGCAGCAGGGGAUGGAGGGAAUCAAAGUUUUCCUUCAUGACAGGGAGCUCUGGACCAAGUUUGAUGAAGUGGGAACUGAAAUGAUCAUCACCAAGGCGGGGAGGAGGAUGUUCCCCAGUUACAAAGUGAAGGUCACAGGACUGAACCCAAAAACCAAGUACAUCCUGCUGAUGGACAUCGUGCCCGGAGACGACCACCGCUACAAAUUUGCAGACAAUAAAUGGUCGAUUACGGGAAAAGCAGAGCCCGCGAUGCCCGGAAGGCUCUACGUCCAUCCGGACUCUCCCGCCACCGGGGCGCACUGGAGCCGUCAGCUGGUCUCCUUUCAGAAGCUCAAACUCACCAACAACCACCUGGACCCGUUUGGACACAUAAUACUUAACUCCAUGCACAAAUACCAGCCGAGGCUCCACAUCGUCAAGGCGGACGAGAACAACGGCUUCGGCUCCAAAAACACGGCUUUCUGCACUCACGUCUUCUCCGAGACCGCCUUCAUCGCUGUGACGUCCUAUCAGAACCACAAGAUUACACAGCUGAAGAUUGAGAAUAAUCCUUUUGCGAAGGGCUUCAGAGGCAGCGAUGACAAUGAGCUGCACCGCAUGGCCAAGCUACAAGGUAAGGAUUACCCCGUGGUCCCUCGCAGCACUGUCCGUCAGAGAGCCUGCUCCUCUGGGAGUCCGUUCAGCGGGGAGAGUCGUGGUCUGCGGGGCUCCCCUGAGGCCGUUAGGUCCCCCUACAGCUGUGAGAACGGCUUGACCCGAAACAGUCCUCAGGAGCUGCUGAGCCCUCCGUCCUCGCACUACAGCCUGCCUCAUCCACACCUGCAGCGCGGACAGCAGCCGCAGGUUUACCACUGCAACAAGAGAAAAGUGGAGGAGAACUGCUCUUCAGGAAACCAGCAUCCCUACAAGAAACCCUUCGCUGGUAGCUCCCCAAGUGAGGGCGAAUCUUACUACCACCCCUCCUCCUACCCUCCUCCUCCAUCUGGUCUCUCCACCAACCCUGCCCUGGGCCUCACCGACUCCCCCUACAGCUCAGACCUGGGACAGCGUCAGGCGUGCAUGUUUGCCAGCUCGGAGCCCAGAAUGGAUGAACUCAGCUGUGCAUCCUGGUCAUACACCUGCCCGCUUCCUGCCGCCAUGACCCCCAUGGAGCCCUACCCGCCUUACACUCCUCACCCCCCUUACAGCUCCAGCCCACAGGGCUCUCGACUCAGCGCUAUAGCCCACCAGAGCUCUCCGCCGCUGGGAGAACACAUCACCCACGAUCCCUACCAGACCCAAAGCUCCGGACCUCCAUCUCAGAGCUCCCAAAACAUUCACAGCAGGCAGCUCAGCUCUCCUCUCAGAGAGUAUCCUCGCUACACGCCCAACCUGUCUCCUCCUCUCUACCACACACUAGAGACGCACACACACAUCCGGUGUGGAGUGCCAGAAUGGAGUGCAGCCUCCUAA